AUGGGUCCUGAAGCGUAUAUCCUCAAGAAGCCAAUUCAGAUACUCUCCCAUUACAAGAGCCCACAGCUCCGCCUGGUGGAUGGUGGCAGUCGCUGUGCAGGCAGAGUGGAGAUCCUUCACCAGCAUUCCUGGGGCACUGUCUGUCAUAACAACUGGGACCUCAAUGAUGCCCACGUGGUGUGCAGACAAAUGGGCUGUGGAGAAGCCAUCAAUGCCUUGUUCUAUGCACAAUUUGGAGAGGGAUGUGGGCCCAUCUGGUUGACAGACCUGGCAUGCACAGGAGAGGAGGACUACUUGUGGAAGUGCCCUGUCCUGGGCCAGGGAGAGAACAACUGCAGGCACUCUAAAGAUGCAGGAGUCAUCUGCUCAGGAUUUGUGCGUCUGAUUGGAGGACAUAGACUUUGCUCUGGGCAAGUGGAAGUGAAUUCUAGAGGAGAGUGGAUUCCAGUAUCUGAUAGGAAUUUCACAUUAUCCACAGCCCAGGUCAUCUGUGCAGAGCUGGGGUGUGGCAAGGCUGCAUCUGUCCUAGGGAACGUGCCAUUCAAACAGGGUGGUGAACAGGUCUGGGCUGAAGAGUUUCAGUGUAAGGGACAAGAACCUGGGCUCUGGUUCUGCCCCAGAGUGCCCUGUCCUGGAGGUAGCUGCCACCACAGGGGGGCUGUGCAAGUUAUCUGCUCAGGAUAUACAGAUGUUCGGCUCAUGAAAAAUGGCAGCUCUCAGUGUGAGGGUCAAGUGGAGAUGAAGACCUCUGGAGGCUGGAGAACACUCUGUGCCUCCCACUGGAAUAUGGCCAAUGCCAAUGUAGUUUGCCGUCAGCUGGGCUGUGGAGUCGCCAUCUCCACCCCAAAGGGAGCAUACUUUGUGGAUGGAGGAGAAGAGAUCUGGAGAGACCGAUUCCACUGCUCAGGGUCUGAGUCCUUCUUGUGGAAUUGCCCUGUGUCUGCCCUGGGUAUUCCUGCCUGUGACCAUGGAAACACAGCCUCUGUGGUCUGUUCAGGAUACCAGACCCAGCUGCUUCCCCAGUGCAAUAACUCCUGGUCUGACCAAGCAGGAUCUGCAGCCUCAGAGGGCCACACUACCAACUGCUCAGACAGCAGACAGCUCCGCCUGGUGGACGGGGGCAGUCACUGUGCAGGGAGAGUGGAGAUCCUGCAGCAGGGCUCCUGGGGCUCCAUCUGUGAUGACAGCUGGGACCUGAGUGAUGCCCACGUGGUGUGCAGACAGCUGGGCUGUGGAGUGGCCCUGGAGGCCACCAUCUCUGCUCACUUUGGAGAAGGAUCAGGGCCCAUCUGGCUGGAUGAGCUGAACUGCACAGGAGAGGAGGCCCAUGUGUGGAAGUGCCCUUCCCAGGCCUGGGGGCAACACAACUGCAGUCACAAGGAGGAUGCAGGGGUCAUCUGCUCAGAGUUCCUAGCUCUCAGGCUGGUGAGUGAGGACCAGGAGUGUGCUGGGUGGCUGGAGGUUUUCUACAACAACACCUGGGGCAGUGUGUGCCACAGCCCCAUGGAAGCUGUGACCUUGUCCAUGAUCUGCAGACAGCUUGGCUGCGGGGACAGUGGGACUCUGAAUUUCUUGGUUCCUUCCAGAGAAGGUUCUAGACCCCACUGGGUGGAUGGAAUCCGCUGUCGAGAAACUGAUACCUCUCUCUGGCAGUGUCCUUCUGACCCCUGGAAACACCAAUCUUGCUCUGCAAAGGAGGAAGCUCAUAUCACAUGUACUCCACAGGUCCGUCUAGUGGAUGGAGGCAGUCGCUGUGCAGGCAGAGUGGAGAUCCUUCACCAGCAUUCCUGGGGCACUGUCUGUGGCUACCACUGGGACCUGAAUGAUGCCCAUGUGGUGUGCAGACAAAUGGGCUGUGGAGUGGCCCUCGAUGCCAUGGACUAUGCACAAUUUGGGGAGGGGUCAGGGCCCAUCUGGCUGAAUGACCUGAAGUGCACAGGAGAGGAGGACCAAGUAUGGAAGUGCCCUUCUCUAGGCUGGGGACAACACAACUGCAUACACGCUGUAGAUGCAGGUGUCAUCUGUUCAGGUAUGGUCUGCAUAUUCUCCACUGUCUAAGAGAAUGGAAGGGACCAAAAAUGUGUGUUUGAUUCUAGAGAAAAUAAGAGACAGGUGAGCCGUAGAGGACUCAGAGUUCCCCAUGGACCCUGGGUGUUCAAAAUAGCAGUGGGUAAUGGGCUUUAAUUAU